AUGUUUUACGACUUGAAUGUACCUUACAGCCCUGAUGACCCGGAGGUGCCUCACACUCUGAAUUUCCUCGCAGAACUUGGUUACACUACCGUUGCCUUGUCUCAAACGAUCAACGGAAAGCUUCCGCCGAAUCUUGCUCCACCUCCUCUUCCUACGAACGCGCCAAAAUCCCUCCAACUGCUGACCCGAUUAAACUUGACCCUGGCCGAUCCCGCGCAGAACCAGCGUCUAGCCGCUCUCAGUCAAGCCUACGACCUCAUUGCCCUCCGCCCUACAAAUGAAAAGUCUCUUCUCAAUGCAUGCACCAAUUUGGAAUGCGACGUGAUCUCCGUGGAUCUCUCGGUGCGACUCCCAUACCACUUCAAAUUCAAAAUGUUGUCUGCGGCAAUCUCACGUGGCAUUCGAAUCGAGAUUUGCUAUGGACCAGGGAUCACAGGGAGUGGACUUGAUGCCCGAAGAAAUCUCAUUGGGAAUGCAACGUCCUUGAUCCGCGCAACACGCGGUCGAGGCAUCAUUGUGUCCAGUGAAGCAAGAAGGGCUUUGGGUCUACGAGCCCCAUGGGACGUGAUCAACCUUGCCUGUGUAUGGGGCCUAUCACAAGAGCGCGGAAAAGAGUCAAUAUGUGAAGAAUCGCGGAAGGUGACAGCGUUAGCCAAGCUGAGAAGAACCAGUUGGCGAGGAAUUGUGGACAUUGUCCAUGGCGGAGACAAAUUCAAAUCGGAAGGACCCACGCCGAAGCAGAAAGGGCUCCAAAAAGUCAAAGAGACUACAAAGGAGGUCAACGGGCCUGAUAAUCUCAAACGAAAGGCUUCUGUCAGUUCUGAGCCUGUUGCCGAGGAUCCGGACAAGCCUUUGUCCAAGCGAGAAAUCAAGCGGCGAGCUAAAAAAGCUCGAUUUGACGCAAAAUCAGAGAAUACCACUUGA